AUGUCAAAAAUUCAUAUUCAAAUAUCAACAUCUCCUAUAAUUCAGACUGAAUCUCUAGGCAUGUCGCCGGGUGCACUCGCUAAACGAGUAUUCAUUAAACGUUUAUAUCAGUGGUGCCCGACACAAAACAUAGAAUUCGAUCCGUGGUGUGAUGAAGAAUAUCCAAAAACAGUUACAUACGAUGAUGUUCUUGAUGCUAAAUCAAAUAUCAAACGAGAAUUUUCGCAAUCACCGUUAGUGGUCUCAAAAAAUAACCAUCGUUUUCCAGUUGAGGUUUACUACAAAAUAGAAACUUUUCAUCCUACUGGAAGUUUUAAAGAACGAGGUGCUUAUUACGCAUUAAAUAAACUGAGUCCGGAGCAAAAGAAGCUUGGUGUUAUUUCGGCGUCUCUUGGGAACUGGGCUAUGGCUCUGGCAUACUGGGGACAAAACUUAGAAAUCCCCGUGACCGUGGUGUUGCCAGUGUCCUCGUCGUUACGUACCCAACAAUUCUGCAUUGAUUAUGACGCAGAAGUGGUUGUUCACGGAAACAAUUUGAAUGAAGCAAAGAGAAAAGCUUGCGCCAUUUUAGUAAACUCCAAACUUAGUUAUAUUAACGGGUACGAUCAUCCACAUGUUAUAUCGGCGGCGGGAACUAUUGGUGUCGAAAUACUGGAACAGUUGCCAGAUGUACACGCCGUACUUGUCCCGGUGGGAGGAGGCAGCUUGAUCGCCGGCAUCGCCACUGCUAUCAAACAAAUCAGACCUGGAGUUCUUGUCUACGGUAUACAAUCAAACAAAUGUCCCAGUUUCAAAAGAGCGUUAGAAAAAGGCGCACCUUGCCAAACGGCGGUGGAACUCGGCAUGGCAUCAUCAUUGCAGGUGCCGAAAGUUGGAUGUAACGCUUUUCAAACAGCAAGAAACCUCGUCGACGAUGUGGUGUUAAUUGAUGACGAUUGGGUAUCAAAAGCAGUGUUUCAUCUUAUUGAUCAAGAAAAGAUUGUUGUGGAAGGCGCAGCCGCGAUUACACUUGCAGCAAUUAUGUGUCUACCAAAAGCGUUAAGAGAACUUAGAGAGAAAAAAGUUGUUUGUAUUCUGAGCGGUGGUAAUUUGGAGCCAAUGCUCUUCAAAUGCAUUGAAAGGGCCAAGGCUUUUGACGGUCGAUUGCUCACUAUAAAUGCAACAUUUCCUAAAGAAGAUUUACAAACACUAAAGAAAAUUUUUAAUUUUUUAACACAUUUGGAAUGUAACGUACUGCGGCAUGAUUUUGACCAGCCUUGGCUCUCAGACAGUUAUCCUAAUGACUUGAUUGUGACUAUAAUCUGCGAAACGCGUGAUAAAGACCACACUAAAUUGGUGAAAAGGUUGUUCAAUAAAUUCUUUUCGAAUAUUUGCCAAGUUCAAGAAGAGAGUGUCUGUACUACAGAUAUGUGUAAAUGCUUCUCUUGUAAAAAUAAAUAG